AUGGGGAAAACCAACCGCGCAGCGCGCAAGGCCGGAGGUGCCCAGCCCGCCGCACGAGCGCAACCAAAGUCGCAGUUCGCAACAAAGGCCGUCUUCGAGACGACCAAGAAGAAGGAAGUCGGAGUCUCGGAUCUGACACUGAUCAGCAAGAUCUCCAACGAAGCCAUCAACGAGAACUUGAAGAAGCGAUUUGAGAAUGGCGAGAUAUACACAUACAUUGGACACGUGCUGGUGUCGGUCAACCCCUUCCGCGACCUGGGCAUCUACACCGACCAGGUACUGGAGAGCUACAAGGGCAAGAACAGGCUGGAGGUGCCACCCCAUGUCUUCGCAAUCGCAGAGUCCUCGUACUACAACAUGAAUGCAUACAAGGAGAAUCAGUGUGUCAUCAUCUCUGGCGAAUCAGGAGCUGGAAAGACAGAAGCUGCAAAGCGCCUCAUGCAGUACAUUGCAAAUGUAUCUGGCGGAACCAACUCCUCUAUCCAAGAGAUCAAGGACAUGGUGCUGGCCACCAACCCGCUGCUCGAAUCCUUUGGAAAUGCAAAGACACUGAGAAACAACAACUCGUCGCGAUUUGGAAAAUACCUCGAAAUUCACUUCAACGCACAAGGAGAGCCAGUGGGAGCAAACAUCAACAACUACCUGCUGGAGAAGACGCGAGUAGUGGGGCAGAUCACAAACGAGCGCAACUUCCACAUCUUCUACCAGUUCACCAAAGCUGCAUCGUCACAAUACAGAGAAAUAUUCGGUUUACAACAACCGCAAUCCUACCUCUACACCAGCAAGUCGAAAUGCUUCGACGUUCCCGGAAUCGACGACCAUGCCGAGUUUGCCGAUACACUGAAUGCUAUGAAGGUUAUUGGACUACCACAAGCAGAACAGGACAACAUCUUCCGCAUGCUAGCCGCCAUCCUCUGGCUGGGAAACGUAUCAUUCCGAGAAGACGACUCGGGCAACGCAGCCAUCGUAGACCAGUCUGUGGUAGACUUUGUGGCAUACCUCCUCGAAGUAGACGCCGUACACGUCAACAAGGCCCUUACCAUCCGUGUAAUGGAAACAAGCCGAGGAGGACGACGAGGCUCGGUAUACGAUGUGCCCUUGAACUGUGCACAAGCAGGCGCCGUCCGCGAUGCACUCUCCAAGGGAAUAUACUUCAACCUCUUCGAUUGGAUUGUAGAGCGUGUUAAUGUCUCGCUCAAGGCCCGUGGAGCGACUGCUCAUUCCAUCGGUAUCCUUGAUAUUUACGGUUUCGAGAUCUUCGAGAAGAACAGCUUCGAGCAACUUUGCAUCAACUACGUCAACGAGAAGCUGCAGCAGAUCUUCAUUCAGUUGACCUUGAAAGCAGAACAAGAAGAGUACGAGCGAGAGCAGAUCAAGUGGACACCCAUCAAGUACUUUGACAACAAGAUUGUGUGCGAUCUGAUCGAAGAGAAGAAGCCACCCGGUGUUUUUGCUGCCCUAAACGAUGCCUGUGCGACUGCGCACGCGGACCCAUCUGCCGCCGAUCAAACCUUCGUACAGAGGCUGAACGCUCUAUCCGACAACCCCAACUUCCAACCUCGUCAGGGCCAAUUCGUUAUCAAGCACUACGCCGGCGACGUCUCGUAUGCCAUUGAGGGCAUGACUGACAAGAACAAAGAUCAGUUGCUAAAGGACUUGCUGAACCUGCUUAAUGAGAGCAGCAAUACUUUUGUGCACACGCUCUUCCCCAACCAAGUAGAUCAGGAUAACAGGCGGCGACCACCGACGGCAGGAGAUAAGAUCAAGCUGUCUGCAAACGACCUGGUCACUACCCUGAUGCAAGCCCGACCAUCCUACAUCCGUACCAUCAAGCCCAACGAGAACAAAUCGCCAAAGGAAUACAACAACUCCAACGUACUUCAUCAGGUUAAGUAUCUCGGUUUGCAAGAAAACGUGCGUAUCCGAAGAGCUGGUUUCGCGUCGCGUCAAACAUUCGACAAAUUUGUGGAGCGAUUCUUCUUGCUGUCGCCAAAGUGCUCCUACGCCGGAGAAUAUACUUGGACUGGUGACUACGAGACUGGAGCCAAGCAAAUCCUGAAGGAUACCAACAUUCCCGCGGAAGAGUUCCAGAUAGGUACCACCAAGGUUUUCAUCAAGACUCCGGAGACACUGUUUGCUUUGGAAACGAUGCGCGACAAAUACUGGCACAACAUGGCCAUUCGUAUCCAACGUGCUUGGAGAAACUACCUACGGUACCGGACAGAGUGCGCGAUACGGAUACAACGGUUUUGGCGUAAACUCAAUGGUGGCAAGGAGUUCAUCGAAUGGCGUGACCAAGGACACAAGAUCCUACAAGGCCGGAAAGAGCGGAGAAGAUACAGUUUGGUCGGUUCCCGAAGAUUCAUGGGUGACUAUCUCGGUAUUGGAAACCGAGGUGGUCCUGGCGAGGUCAUUGCCAGUGCCAUCGGUAUAACAGCCAGCGAGGAGGUGCCAUUCUCGUGCAGAGCUGAAGUGCUUGUGUCUAAGCUUGGUCGAUCAAGUAAACCAGAGGCCCGUCAACUUGUUCUCACAAAGAAGAACGUGUACCUCGUAAAACAGGUAAUGGUCAACCGGGAAGUCCAAAUCCAAGCCGAGAGAACAAUACCCGUGGGCGCUAUCAAGUAUAUCAGCUGCUCCACGCUCAAGGAUGACUGGUUCUCAAUCGGUGCGGGCUCCCCAACAGAGCCUGAUCCGCUCGUAAACUGCAUAUUCAAGACCGAAUUCUUCACACACUUGACCAAUGUACUACGAGGCUCAAUGACGCUUAGAAUAGGCGAGACCAUCGAGUACAACAAGAAGCCUGGCAAACCAGCCCAGGUUAAAGUAAUCAAAGAUCCCGCAGUAGCGAGAGACGAUCUGUACAAGAGUGGCACCAUUCACACUGGCCCAGGAGAGCCGCCAAAUUCCGUUUCGAAGCCCACACCCAAAGGCAAGCAGAUUGCCGCAAAGCCCAUCACAAAGGGCAAGCUUUUGCGGCCCGGUGGUCCAGGCGGAGGUCCCUCAAAGCUUGCGUCUCGUCCAGCGCAACCGAGACCUGUGCCUACGCCUGCUGCCGCACAACCGCGAGCUGUCCCUCAGCCAGCUGUGUCACAAUCCAGGCCAGUCCCUCCCCCCGUCGCUGCAUUGUCCAAUGGCGCGGCCUCUCAUGCACGCACCGCUUCGUCUGGGUCGACACGCACACCACCACCUCCUCCACCGCCCCCACCGGCAGCGGCGCCUCAACCAAAGGAGCCUAGAUACAAGGCACUGUAUGACUUUGCGGGUCAGAGUGCUGGAGAGCUAAGUCUCGGAAAGGAUGAGAUCAUCUUGGUCACGCAGAAAGAGAACAAUGGAUGGUGGUUAGCUUCCCGUCUCGACAAGUCUGCCUCUGGCUGGGCACCUUCCGCUUAUCUCGAAGAAGUGGUCCAGCGCGUGGCCGCUCCUCCCCCACCACCAGCGCCACCAGCCCGCCCUGUCAACGGCGCGGCAGGGGGUAAGCCGAAGCCUCCUGCUCCACCUGCCAAACGCCCCGCUGCUAGGAAAGCUGUGAAUGGUGACUCCGCGCGGGAUAGCGGAUACAGCGGUAGCGGAGGCAGCACGAUGGAGAGCGCGAGGGACAGCAGUGGUAGCAUCGCCGGUGGCCUUGCUGAAGCGCUGAGACAGAGACAAGCUGCUAUGCAUGGCAGAAAACAGGAGGAAGACUGGUAA